AUGGAGUUUUCUGACGAUAUCGGAGUACCUGAAGAGGCUGUUGACUUGGGUGGAGCAAGAAGAGAAUUUCUAAGACUUCUGAUCGAAGCUUUGCCCCUGUCUCCAAUGUUUGAGGGUGAAGAAGGCAAAAUGAACUUGGCACUUGAUAGUGCUGCCAUGAGGGAAGACAGGUACGCCAUUGCAGUAAGCCUUGUACAUGGUGGUCCACCAGCAGGCUUUCUGUCCCCAACACUCUUCUCUUGCCUUGUUGAUGGCCCAGAUUUGGCUAAACCAGUUUUAGAAGAUGUUGCCGAUAGUGACCUGCAUGAAAAAAUUAAAAGGGUUAAAGAGUGUAAAUCCUUUGAAGAUCUGAUAGUAGCAACUGAGCCACUUCAGGAAUACUUAGCCAAUGCUGGCUGCCUGAGGCCGCUGCGGAGGCUGGAAGACAAGGAUCUGCUUAUACAUGACAUUUUCAUGUUCCAAGUAAUACACAGAGUCCGUGGUCCAUUUGAAAGAUUUCAGGAUGGACUACGGACACUUGAGGUGCUGGACAAAAUCCAAGCUCACCCAGAGAGUUUUCGCACCCUUCUAUGCUGGUCACCUUCAGUGCUUACAGCUGACCUUCUUGACAGCCUCUUUACCAUCCGCCUUUCUCCAGCUGGGAGCAAUAAAAGGCAUGCUGAAGCAGUUGUCAUUAGUUUCUGGAGAGACUACCUAACAGAUGCAGAAGAUCAAGACGGAACGCAGAAGCUGGGGACAAUUCUUGCCUUCGCCACUGGAGCCAACACUGUUCCACCAAUUGGCUUCUCUCCACAACCGUCCAUUGAAUUUCUUCACCAAGAGCCUGAUGCACAAACCAUGUCUAAACUACCCAUUGCAAACACGUGCAUCAAUUGUUUAAAGUUACCACUUCAUACCUCUUACAAAGAGAAUAUGGACUUUGCAUUAGGUAAUACACAUGGUUUUGGAAUAGCUUAAUUCCUGGUCAGGUUAGUAUGCUAAUCUGAGCUUUGCACUCAGUUAAAUUAAUGAGUGUCAAUCAUUAAGUAAUUCUAAGGGGGUUUGUUUUGGUUUGAAUAUCAUUGCAUUUUCUUUCCCAGAAAUCAAACAAAAAAUGUUCCACCUAAAACACCAACUAACACACUUGAGACCAAGCUGAAUUUACUUUAUGUUGCCAUAUUUCAUAUUUCACCCACCUAUUUUGUGAUUGGAGGCUCUGUUUUUGCAUUGACCUUUUAACAAAUGUUCAUUUGCUUCAAGUCUUUUUGCUUGUCAGGGUACCUUUCUACAAGUAUACAAUAGUUAUAAGGACUAACAUAAUUCAAUUCAGUUUUUUUUUCAUUGCAUUAAUUUAUGUGGUUUGUGAUUAUUUUUGUUUUCUAGCUUUGUACUUGUUUGUUGCUUUUAUUCUCUGGUGUUCUUCAAU